ACUGACUUAAGCCAUUCUUUGUCACAGGUCUGGGAACACUAGUUGGAGUCUGGCUCCUCAGCACUGUGCUGGGUCUGUCUAAUAUGUUAGCAGUCACACUGCUGUUUACUUCCUACUCUCUUCGAUCUUUCUUGAUGGCUGAGUCAACCAAUAGCGCUGAAUUCUACAUGGCAGCUACUGUGGGCAGCUUCGUUUGGUGCCAUUCUCCUCUCAUACGUGCCGAGCUUAGCUGCUUGGUGCCCAAGCAUGAUAUAGGUAAGAUGUUUGCAGUAGCAGCAUUCUUGCAGUCUCUGUCCCCGAUGGCAUCUACACCUCUCUACACCUCAAUAUACGAGCUUACAUUCCGGAACAAACCCGGAGCAGUGUUUAUGUUCUCUUGUUUUCUCUCUGCUGUCAAUUCAAUGCUAACUGCAUUUGUGUUUAUCGGUCAAAAACUAGUAGGUGAUGAAUGUUACAACACCGAAUCUCCACCAGAACAAAUUAUUGAAAAUGUUGAUUGAUUGAUCUGUGAUAUUUAAGUACAUAUGUAUUAGUAGUAAUGUAUUAUUGUUAUGUUACUGUGAUGUUAAAUUAUGAAUUAUACUAGACUAUUUAUUUUCAUACAAAUAUUUUUAAUGUA